AUGCUAGAUGGAAUUGUCUCAAGGCUCGAGCUGCUGCCGCGGCUGCCCCAUCACGGAGCCGUUGAGAGAAGCGUCGGCCUCAUCUACAACUCCGACGCACCGUGGGCUUGGGACCCUCAACCGGCCGGCCUUGAAAGACCAAAGGAUUUGGAGAUCGUCCUGGCGAAUGAGCAGAAGCAAAUUCAGGCAGUGCUUCGCAGGAACCGCUACAAGCAGCAUGCCCAGCUGCAGCUGAAGCUGCGACACAAGCAGCUUCUGCCACCAGCCUGCCGACAGAGCAAGCCCAGAGAGAUGCUUCCUCGCCAAAUGCGAGCACCGCUCCAGCGACAGAUUCAGCCCAGGCACAGCCAUCCAAGACAGAUGUUUCCCAUCCAGAAGUUCCACCACGAGCACUGUCCUUGCCAGAUGCAAGCACCACUGCGACAACUGCUGGAGCCCAGACAGAUCAAUCCCAGCCAGAAGUUCCCAAAGCGGCCACAGCGUCGAAAUCUGAUCCAGUGGAGAAGCCAAUGUCCAAAGCCAACAGAAACAACAGAAACUCCACAGAGGGCACCAUCCUUGCCAGAUGCAAGCACCACUGCAGCGACAGAUUCAGCCAUGGCACAGCAAUCCAAGCCAGAAGUUGAAGAGGAAGCGCCAGCUUUGCCAGCUUCUACCACGAGUGCGCCCACAGAACGAGCCAAGACAGAUAAUUCCCAUCCAGAAGUUCCACCACAAGAACCAUCCUUGCCAGAUGCGGGAACCGCUGCAGCAACAGACUCAGCCCAGGCACAGCAGCCAGAGAAGAACCCAGACCGGAAGCAGCCACAACGACCAAAGCCACAGUGGUGGUCAGGGGUUCCACAAGGAGCGUCAUCCUUGCCAGCUGCAAGCACCACUGCAGCGACAGAUUCAGCCCUGGCACAGCAAUCCAAGCCAAAAGUUGCAGAGCAAGCACCAUCUUCACCAGCUUCUACCACCAAUCCACACACAGAACGACCCGAGACAGAUGUUUCCCAUCCAGAAGUUCCACCACGAGCACUGUCCUUGCCAGAUGCGAGCUCCACUGCGCCAACUGCUGGAGCCCAGACAGAUCAAUCCCAGCCAGAAGUUCCCAAAGCGGCCACAGCGCCGAAAUCUGAUCCAGUGGAGAAGCCAGACCUGAAGCAGCCACAACAACCAAAGCCGACCCAGCAGGUGCCAGAAGCAACAGCAGUGAAAUCUGAGACAGCAAGCAAGCCAGACAAGCACUUGCCAGAACCAACAGCAGCGAAUUCUGAGCGAGCAACCGAGCACGAGCCGACCCAGCAGGUGCCAGAACGAACAGCAGUGAAAUCUGAGACAGCAAGCAAGCCAGACAAGCAGUUGCCACAACCAACAGCAGCGAAUUCUCAGCCAGCAACCAAACACGAGCCGACCCAGCAGUUGCCAGAACGAACAGCAGUGAAAUCUGAGACAGCAAUCAAGACAGACAAGCACUUGCCAGAACCAGCAGCAGCGAAUUCUGAGCCAGCAACCAAACACGAGCUGACCCAGCAGUUGCCAGAACGAACAGCAGUGAAAUCUGAGACAGCAAGCAAGCCAGACAAGCAAUUGCCACAACCAAAAGCAGCAAAACCUGAGCCUGCAAGCAAGACAGUCUCUGACCCAAAGACGCCGUCUAGAAAACGCGGACCCAAAAGCAGCAGCAAAGAUCUGAGAGCUCUGAUGUUGACGUCUCCGCUUCCAGACAAGCCAGGACGGGAUGCUAAGCUGCAGGGAAUGGUAGGGAAAGCUUCAAAACAGAAAUGA